CUGUGUGUGUGUGUGUGUGUGUGUGUCUGUGCAAGCACAUAUGUAUACACAUGUGGGCGGGCACCGAGGUAGGCCAGAAGAGGGGCUUGGAUCUUCUGGAACUCGAGUUACUGAGAGUUGUGAGCCACCAGAUGUGGGUAUUAGGUAUCAGACCCAAGUCCUCUGGAAGAAUAACAAUUGCAGGUCAGGCUCCAAAGCUACAGAGAAACACUGUCUGGAAAAACAAAAAAACAAACAGCAACAACAAACAAAGCAAAACAAGAAACAAUUGUUCUUAACUCUUAAUUGAUGAGCCAUCUUCAUCCCCUGUCCUUUGCUUUUGAAUUCAGCGUCUCUCAAGUGCUCAGGACAAGGGCAUCAUGAGUCCAGUUUUGUCACCAGAGCGUAGUGUGAAUGGCCUCUAGCUCAGGUCCUGUUCUCAAAUCCUGUUUGUCUUCUGAAUUUCACAAACUGGGACACCACUGUGUAUCUAUUGGUUUUCUUGUCUAGCCUUCCCAGAAUGGCCCCUGAGCUCUGCUUAAAAGAUUCUAGGACUUUGCUAACUCACAGCUCUCAGUUCUUUCACAUUCUCCCUGUAAACUGGGUCCAAACACCUAAGAACCCAAGCAGUCAGCUUUAUCAGCCCCACACCUCAGUACCAGUUUCCUGUGGCUGUGGCAAACUCCCGACAAAAGCAACUUUGACCCCAGUCUGAGUGCACAGAUCAUCAUGGUAAGGUAAGAAACAUUAAAUAUGAAUCUUUCCACCAAAUACCAUGACGCUUGUGUUGAAGAGUCAAAUAUGACCUUUUCCACUUUGUAAAACUUUUAUGCAAAUGCUUUAGCUACCACACACGCACGCACACACAGACACACAGAGACACACACACAGUAGAACCUCUGUUUAGGCAAGGCCCUUCAUUUCCUGUGCACUGAUUCUUUCCAGGCUAGCCAUUUGCAAAAGGUUGUGAGGUUGGAUCCCAGCCAAUGGAGAAGCCACAGUCACCUGAAUUAGAAUAAAAACCAUGUGCACUUCCUGUUCCGGUACUUGUUCUUCUGCUCUGAUGAGCAGCACGCUUCUUUCCAAGACUGAAGUUUGCCUUGUCCGGACACUUCAGUUCCAAUGGUGUCUCUUUCUUUUUGCGCCCACACUUAUUCCUGACAGUGGCAGGGGUGGGAGAUUGCUCUUCACCUUGCGUCCCCAGUCAGGAAGGUCUGCUUGCCUUCUCCUCCUGUUUAUUCAGACUGGGCUGUCCCUCCUCUCCAGCCCUUACUGUAAGCCCCUACACGGGCACACCCAAAGGUAGAUUUCCAUGACUGUCCUAAAUCCAGUCAGGCUGACAACGAAGCUUAGCUGUUAGCUUUUAUCUUGUCUCCUCUGCCUGAGGGAGUCUUAGACGUGGUGUAUGCUCCUGUCCCAGAGUGGGUGCUGGUGUGUUCAUGCUUGCUUCUUUUCUUCAUUGAAGUCUGAGUGUAGUGAUCCCUCCACCUUGUCUUCACUGCUGAUAUUCUUUGCUCUGCCUGAUCUAGUGAUUCAGUUCAAUGUCUGUGGUGCUCUCUGCUGUGCUUUUAAUUUGGCAAACUGGGUUUUUCAUUUCUGACAUUUUGGGUUUUUUUCCCUCCCCAAAAUGGCAGCUUCUUUCCUGAGUUUCUCAUCUUGCUUUAUCUCCCACAUUCUGAAUUGAUUUCCUUCCUUUGCUUAUCUGCUUUUUCUGUGUUCUUCAAAGUCACUGCACGUUUCUUUUGUUAGCAGGUGGACUUUGAACCCUCCGUUCAGCCUUCAUUGAGGGUCUGACAUGGGAGGGUGCUCCACUCCCCUUCCUGUGCUACUCGUGGUUUACACGUUGUUAGUGGGAGUUCUGCUUUUAUUCGGGGACCUUUGUGAACAGCCUUCUCCUAUGGAUUUAAUUCUCAGUCACAAUGAGAGGAGAAACAGCAACAACACCAGAGCAAACAAGAAAUAAAAACACACCUAAGCCCCAUUGCGGCCAUCGCCUGUGGCACUAGUGACAGAAGAGAAAAUAGGGAGAACACGAUGCGGAGUGUGCAUGACGUUAACAUUUGUCCAGGCUAACAGUUCAGACAGUAGAUGACUAGGGCAGGGAAGCAAGCCCUGACAUCUCCGUGUCUAGGCUGUCUAGGCUGUGCUCUCUAACCCUGCUCCUCACGGACUGCCCCGCGGGAGAUGCACAGCUGUGCCAGGUACUCUGCUGGGGACUCUGAGCUUACUCCUGCUGGCCCUGAGCUACAAGGCACAUAGGUGGCCCCAGAGAUCUGGUACCCACUGACCAGUUGUCCACAUUCAUCUUCAGGUAAUGGAGUCUGCUCCCAUCCUCAGGAGGCGGAGGUGGAGCUCCAUCUACCAUACCGUCCCCUGCCAAAGCCCAGCUUUCUAAGCCUAAACCUCUUAGCAUCUGCCCCAAGCCCCUUCCCGCACCUCAGCUGCGUCCUCCCAGGGGCUGCAGCAUGUAGUCCCAGGCUGCCAUCUGCCUUGUGGUUAUUCCUUGUUUUUCAGGUCUCCAGAAUAGCUCAGUCUGAGAACAAUAGGCUGGCUCCCUUGCACACAGCCCCCGGAAAUGGGGAGUGUUGGCUUGUCACACAGGAGGAGUCACCAUCUGAUAGAUUUCCCCAGAUGGGCGGGUAGCUUUUGAGAGCUUCACUGUGCAGCCUGCUUGCCUUACCUUUUGGACUCCGCCUAAGUCUUGCUCCCCUUGCCCGUGAGCCACGGCUGAAGCCAUGUGCUACCCAUCCUGUUAGCUCCCUUGCCCUUGUUCGCACUUCUCUCUGUCCUGUCACCUCCUUUGUGAUUUGUGGUGCUUCUCAUCUUUCUCUCUUUGGAAUAGUCUGCUCUGUUGUCUGACUCUUCCUAGCAUCACUCAGAGGCAGCUUCUAAUGUACCCCACCCUGAGUCUUCCUUUCAAUCUCUCAACUGUUCUGUUUUUAUAAAGUUAUCUAGUCCCUACCAAACGCUUUUUGCCUUCACCCAACAGAGUUUGGUCAUUUUUAUUUUUAUUUCAUUCAUUUAAAAGUAUUUUCAAAUCUUACUAGUGGUUUCUUUGUAUGCAUAUGUGUUUGUGUGUGGUGCAAGGAAUUGAGCCCUGGGCAUCGUACACACCAGGCAACUGCUUCACUGUUGAGCUUCUCCUUCAACCCAUUACUCGUUCGUUCAUUCAUUCAUCCCUCCAUCAUUCAUUCGUGUUAAGGCAAGGUCUCAAUCUGGUGCCAGGGUGGGUUUGAACUUGGGGUAGUCUGCCCUUAGCCUUGCAAGGGGCUGGUGUUUCUGGCAUGAACCAGCACCCCCAGCUCUGGUGACAGCUUCUUUCUUCAGACACCUGUAUUCUAACUUGCCACAGUCUGCCUUAAUUAGUGCUAACCACUUCAUGAGAAAGACCCUUCUGCCAUAUGCUUCCAGUUUCCCAUUUGUAGUACAGCUUUCCUUUGCUUUUACAUGUCAUGAAACCAACCCAUAGUUCCUUGUUAGCGCUCUUAAAUUCUGAUUGUCCUUUAAAGAAAAUUACAAAGAAAAUAUAUAUUUAUUUACAUUUUAAUUAUUUCCAAUGCAUUUUAUUUUUCUGCAUGGAUUGAGUUUCUUCAGUCUGAAGAAAAAAAUUAAUGCCCAAUAUCUCAUAGCAUUCAUAUACCUGGAGAAGCCUUUAUUUCAGACGUAUUUGUGAGACAUGUUUUUGCUAGACAUAGAACUCUGGUUUGUGACUUUCAUGUCUGUUUUUGUAUGUGUGUGUGUUUAGGUGUGUAUGUGUGUGUGUUAGGUGUAUAUGUGUGUUUAGGUGUGUAUGUGUGUGCUGUUGGAGCACACAUGUGGUGGCCCACUCUUCAGAAGUCCAUUUUCUCCUCCUGUUGUUUGGAGGCGGGGUCUGCCUCUGUUUCUGCAGCUGAGCUGCAGACUCCACACUGACUGGCCUGUGAGCUUGCACACAGCUCCCCUGCGUCUGCUGACAGAUGCACGCCACCCUGCUCGGGUUCCUCUGUGGGUUCCAGGGACUGAACUCAGAUCAUCGGGUUCUAACAGUGAGUACUUUUACCUUCUGAGCCGUUUCUCUUGCCCUGUAUGCUUACUUAUUGGGAGUUGUUUUUGUUUGCUGACUUGUUUUGAGCUAGUCUCCAAAGUGCAGACUGGCCUUUGACCUUGCUGUAUUGCCUAGGCUGAUUUCUGGCUCAGGAUGAUCCUCCUGCCUCGACUCUUGAGUGCUAUGGUUACAGAAGUAUGCCACAAUGCCCAACUUUAAAUUUUUAGCACAUUAAAGAUUUUUGUCCCAGUUGUCUUUAGCAUUCGUGGUAUCUAAUGGCUGUUCUUAUCUUCUUCCCUCUGUGUGUGCUAUGUUUCUGCUUCUCAGGAUGCUGGCCCAGCUUCAAAGGGAAAAAGAACAAGAUCAGAUGAAGCUGUACGCUAAACUUGAAAAGCUCAAUGUCUUAGAAAAAGAGUGUUUUAGAUUGACAGCCACUCAGCAGGCUGCUGAGGAUAAGAUAAACUAUCUAGAGGAAAAACUAAAGGAAGAGGAGCAUCAGCGCAAGCUGUUUCAAGACAGAGCGUGUGAGCUUCAAACUGGACUGGAAAUCAGCAGACUUUUAAUGCCUACAGUUUCACAAUCACAGCAUUGUAAGAGAAAGAAGAAGCCACCAAAGAAAACGAAGUGUUUAAAGAGGGAGCCCCCUCAGCAAAUGGACCCGAAGUGUAGAGCACAGUCUCUGGAGAGGGUGAAGAUGAUAGGUGCCUAUGGGCUCCGUAGCCUUCAGAGACCUGCUCCAGUCACUGAGCUGCAGUGUCGCUACAAGCCUCUCAGAACAACUUCCCAGGUCAAAGCUGUAGCCCCUAACCCAGGAGAGCCCGUUCCCAUCUGUGACAGUUUGUCUGAUCUUUUGAUGGCAAUGCAAGAGGAGCUGGCCCAAAUGACUGUGGAGCACAGAGAACUAAUGAGACAAACUGGAAGCCAUUCAGUCUCUGAUGACAUCGAGCACGAGCUGGAGCAAUUAGUCAAGAAGAUGGAGAGCAAAGAAGACCAGAUUUCCAAACUCAAGAAGCAUCAAGACAGUGUCCGUAAACUGCAGCAAAAAGUUCAGAACUCAAGGAUAAAUGAACCCUCCGGUAUCCAUCAGGAAGAUGGCAACCCUAAAGGACUAAAGAACGUGAAAAAUAGCCCUAGGAAAUGUUGGGAUGAAACCAACCCUUUCCGUAAACACAGCACCUGCCAUCCAGUCCACGUCCACAAUGUGCAGGUGAAGCUGCGGAAGGACGACAUCAGGUGGGAGCAGUGAGCGCAGCGAGGCUGCCGCCCAAUGAACCUCUCCAGAGAGAGCUUGCCUGUCUACGUGGUUUUCAUUUAAUAUACUUUGGGGAACUUUUCAAUUAUGUUUCUGGCUUCUAUAAAAUGUGAAGUUGUAUAUUUUCAGAAUAAUGGCUAAUGACCUACCAAGAAUCCCAGAAGAAUAAAUGGCUAACUUUUGUUGUUGCUAUUAACCAGAGGGCCCGCCCUCCUCACCCUGCAGAGGUUGUCACCUGCAGCUCCCUUGAGUAAACCUAAGAAGGGUAAGGAACGGAGUCUCACUAGUCUAUGGGCCCUCACUAGUGGGGCCGCACCUGAGCUCCGGGGGCCAGUCCACAGUUCCCUUAGGUAGGCUGUGACCUGCAGAGCAACACGGAGUGGACAGACUCCUUUAACUUCCCUGCCAUGGCCACCUUACCUUGAUUUAGAUCUCAGCAGUGUUCCUGUUUGUUUGGUUUGGAAAGGGAAAGCACAAUAAUUCUGCAGUUUUUGAAAAUACCUUUAGCUCAGCUUUCCUGUGACAGUGCAGAAAGGGUUGCAUAGUUAAUUUUCAACGACGUGCAUUCAGCCUUCUUCCUCUGCCGUCCCAUGCUCUUUCCAAGCUGCUGCUUCUGAUUUCCUUUCACUCUUUCCUAACGGUUUCUGGUUUCUCGUUUGCUUUGUACGUGGUUCUCAUCAGUACAUGCCAAUGUGGAUGUCUGGGACCCAAGAGGAUAAUGGGGUUUUCUAAGAACUUGGGCAUUUCAUUUUCUUUAUGCACAAGAGAAAGUGAAUUGGGUGAAUGUGGUGUCUCUUUUUAUACUUUAGAAUCAGUGCUGUCGCAAUGGAUUUCUUUGUUGUAUACAUGUUUUAUAAUAAAUUUACACU